GUGUGUGGAAGUCUGCAAGGAGAGCGAGCCACCUAGCAUGGCCCCGCCCAACCAGUCAGUAGAAGGCUUUCUCCAGGAGGCCUCCAACAGAUCCCUGAACACCACGGAAACCCCGGAGGCCUGGGAUUCAGGGAUCCUACAGGCGCUCAAGAUCUCCCUGGCCGUGGUCCUUUCCAUCAUCACGCUGGCCACCCUCCUGUCCAACGCCUUUGUACUGACCACCAUCCUGCACACCAGAAAGCUGCACACCCCGGCCAACUAUCUCAUUGGCUCCCUGGCCACCACUGACCUCCUGGUUUCCAUCUUGGUCAUGCCCAUCAGCAUCGCCUAUACCAUUACCCGCACUUGGAACUUUGGCCAAAUCCUGUGUGACAUCUGGGUGUCUUCUGACAUCACGUGCUGCACCGCCUCCAUCCUGCACCUCUGCGUCAUUGCUCUGGACCGGUACUGGGCCAUCACYGACGCCCUGGAGUACAGUAAGCGCCGGACGGCUGGCCACGCGGCUGCCAUGAUCGCCGUGGUCUGGGUCAUCUCCAUCUGCAUCUCCAUCCCACCCCUCUUCUGGCGGCAGGCCAAGGCUCAGGAGGAGAUGUCCGACUGCCUGGUGAACACGUCUCAGAUCUCCUACACCAUCUACUCCACCUGCGGGGCCUUCUACAUCCCGUCCAUCUUGCUCAUCAUCCUCUACGGCCGGAUCUACCUGGCCGCCAGGAGCCGCAUCCUGAACCCGCCCUCGCUCUAUGGCAAGCGCUUCACCACKGCGCAGCUCAUCACGGGCUCCGCGGGCUCCUCGCUCUGCUCGCUCAACCCCAGUCUCCACGAGGGCCACUCGCACGCGGCCGGCUCCCCGCUCUUCUUCAACCACGUGAAGGUCAGGCUCGCCGACAGCGUCCUGGAGCGCAAGAGGAUUUCUGCUGCUCGGGAGAGGAAAGCCACCAAGACGCUGGGGAUCAUUCUGGGGGCCUUCAUCGUCUGCUGGCUGCCCUUCUUCGUGGCCUCCUUGGUCCUCCCCAUCUGCCGGGACGCCUGCUGGCUCCACCCCGCCCUCUUUGACUUCUUCACCUGGCUGGGCUAUUUCAACUCGCUCAUCAACCCCAUCGUCUACACCGUGUUCAAUGAAGACUUCCGCCACGCGUUCCAGAAAGUGGUCCACGUCCGAAGGGCCUCCGAGUCUCAUUAG